AUGUCUGAAGAUUACAAGUUACUACCCAAUAUUGGAAGAAACAAAAUUCGAUUUCAUGUUUUAAGUCAUAUUAAUGACAUAUUGCAUUCUAUGGGAGCUGGCAUAAAUGAAUUUAAACUUGUUCAACAAACAAUCCGACCUUCCAAAACAGCAAAAGAGGCAAAGGAAGUUCAUUUUGAGAGAACAAUUGUCGUUAGUGAAGAAGACGUCUCACUAUGCAAAAAGCUGAAUAGGGAUCAACUUAAAGCUUAUAAUAUAAUUAUUGAGAGAAUAUUCUCACAUAGAUCGGGAGCAUUUCUUGUUGAUGGUCCAGGAGGAACAGGAAAAACAUUCUUUUAUCGUGCUUUACUCGCAACUAUACGGUCUAAAGGAUAUAUAGCAUUGGCAACAACUACUUCCGGUGUAGCUGCUUCCAUUCUUCCUGUUGGACGAACUGCACAUUCACUCUUUAAAAUUCCAAUAAAUGUUGAUGAUACGUUUAGUUGCAAUAUUAGCAAACAAAGUGCACUAGCAUGCUUAAUUAGAGAUGCAAAAUUAACCAUAUGGGAUGAAGUGUCAAUGGCCAAAAAAAAAAUGAUUGAAGUUUUUGAUUUACUCUUGAAAGGCCUCAUGGAUACAAAUAUACGUUUUGGUGGAAAAGUUGUGGUUUUUGGAGGUGAUUUCAGACAAACGCUUCCUGUUGUGUGA